AUAAAAGAAGAAAGCCCGGGGCUGCAGCUCUGUGGUAGCAUGCUUGCCCAGCCUGUGAGGUUCCUGGUUCCAAAAGUACCUGGCAAACGGGCUGUUUGAGAGCUUUGGGUUCACACGCGGAACCCAUCCGCACUGCGAUGAAUGUCAGCCCCCUUUCGGAAAACUGCUCAAAAUGUCCACCACAAAUGCCCACAAACGGGUUCUCUCCCAGUACCACAGUGGAAGCUCGCAAUAGACAGUUCGUUUCCAGCGCCAAGAGACCCGGAAACCCGAAGCGAGAUUGACAUGAGCCUCGCCCAAUGGCAGAGCAAGCAAAGGCGGGCCUUCGCGUGCACGUCCAAUCGGUUAGUUCCUUGGACGGCCAGGGCGGAAGCGGCCGCCAUGGAGCCGCUAGUGCAUCAUGUGGAGCGCUUCUCCGAGGUGCUGGCCGUGUCGUGUGGGCCGCUGGUUCGCUCCUGGGAUGCAACGACCGUGCGUAGGGCGCUGCAGUGGGCGCGCUAUCUGCUCCACGUGUACCGACGCUUCGCGGGCCGCGGCCGCGCGCGGGAGGCACUAGAGAGGCGGAUCCAGUCGCUGGGCGGGCCGCCCGGGCUGCGCAGCUUCGCGGCGCUGGAGUUCGGGGACGCGCGCCUUGCCCUGCGCCUGCUGCGGAACCGCGCGCUCGCGCCCGCCGCCGCCCACGCGCUGCCGAGCCUGCUCUUCCCCGGGCCCGGCGCGGACAGCGAGGACAACGCGCCGCAGUCGCGCCUGGCGCUCGUGGCGCGCCGCGGGAGCGCGCUGCACCUGCUGCUCCGCCUCGGCGGGGACGCGCCCCGGGGCGCGCUGCUGCGCACGCACGCGGAGCUGCUGUGCGCGCGCCUGCACGAACUGGGCAGUGCUGCCCCGGCGGCCGGGCGCGAGCUCCUCGAGACGUUGUGGGCCCGGGGGCCUCGGGAACACGUGUUGAACGUGGCGGGCGAGGCGCUGCUGCGCGAUGUAGACCCGCAGCCCGCUCACGCCGCAGACUCUGCGGGUGCGAAAGAGACACAGGAACUGCUGCGGUGGCUUCUGAACAGCCCCGAGGUCUUGACCGCUUUCUGCCGCCGGCUGCCCGCCUUGCGCCUGGCCUCUUUGGCCGGCCGCCACCCCACGCUGUCUCGCGCCUACCUGGGCCUGCUCACAGCCUGGGCCACGCAACUGCACUAUGACCUGCAGAAGGGCUCCUGGGUCCCCAUGCAGCCUGAGGACAUGCCCUGGGAGGAGUUGUGCCUCCGGCUGCAGAGCUUGUGCCAGGCCCCACCACCCCUGCAGGAAGAGGUACUGGAGACUGUGCGCACCAACAAGGCGCUGGAUGGAGACUUCGAGGUUCCCGGGAUGAGCAUCUGGACGGACCUACUGCUGGCCCUGCCUGGUGGUGCUUAACUGAGUGUGGGAACAUGUGAGGUUCUUAAGUCCCAGGCCGAGCAUCUGGACAGACCCAUCUCAGGGAGGGAUGGAGGAAACAGCAGACAUCUCAGCCAAGCCUCCACACUCUAGUGUCCUGCUACUACUUGACUGUAUAUACAGUUUACAAAAAGCGUUCUCAACAACGCCCUGUGCUACAUGGUCCCCAAACCUAAUUAUAUAGGUGCCAAUUUUAAGUGGUUCGUAACACAAGCACAAAUAUCUUUGCGUUUUCUAGAUUCCGGAAAUAGUGUUAUUUCCCUUACCAUGGUGGGUCCAAGAUCUUGGCCAUGUUGGGCAAGUGCUUCACCACUGAGCUACAUACCUUCCCUUGAAAGAAUUCUUAAAGCCAUGGAAUUUUCAACUUGUUUUGUAUAAAGCUAACUUAUAAGAAUACUAAAAAUAGAUACACCUUUUAAAGGAAAAACGAUUGACUUUUCUUGUUUACUGACUCUUUAUUGGGGAAAAGCUUUGUUUAACCAGAAACACGAGGUAGAAUCAAAAUGUUAGUUUCAAAGCUGCCUAGCUAUAGUCAAAGUCUAGAUGUGCCUUCCUUAACCUGUUCACCAGCCUUAAUGUGCAUCAAAGCUGUGUGUUCAGAAAGUUCUGUUUCUCGUUUGUGCAAGUCACUACUCUCAAAAGUCAAAAUAACAGCGAACUAUACCAUUUCUUGAGUACACACAUAGUGUUUAGAGCACAGUAAGUGUAAAUGUAUCCUUUUGGGGAUUUCGAUUGGAUGGUAAAGAAAUCAAACUAGUAAGUUAAUGGCGCUUGUGUCAUUAAUGAGGUUGAGUUGGCUCUUUUUCCUCAUGGUUGCUAGAUGGAGACUAUUUGGAGUGUUUGUGACUAAGAACCCAACUUACAUCUUCUGGAUUCUGACAGGAUUCCUUUGUGCAUUUACACAGGAGUGACAACUCAGCCACAUUCGUUAUAUUUUCACACUUUGGGACAUUUUCCUACUCAGUUUUUAUUUAUUUAUUUUUUCUGGUCACUCUCAGCAAGGGAUACACGUUCCUUUUUCUCCUAAACCCUUGGCAGCAUUUAUUAAUUUUUAUGAAGCUAGUCAGUAUCUGAGUUCUAUUUUGAUGUUUUAGGGUCUCUGUUGCUGAAGUUAGCCUGGAACUCACUGUCUGCCCAUGCUAGCCUACGGUAUUCUCCUGCAUCAGCCUCCUAAAUGCUGAGUGUGAACCAAUACAUAUAGCUGAAUUCUGUGUUUCCAUGGUUUUGAUAUUUUAAUACUGUUGCAUCUCACUCCUAGCCUAUUUUCUGUUUUAUUUUUGUUACAGGAGGAAACUAAGUUUCAUAUAGUAAAGGACAUCUUGAUUCUCUCACAGUUUUAUCACUUCCAUUUCAGAUGAUUUUGUGGGGUCCAAGGUUGUGUUUCCAUUUACUUAUUGGCUUUUGUUUAUUUAUUUUGAUUUUAGGAUGCUUUUGGGAAACACCUCAUGGUGUUAAACAUUUUAAUGUGUAUUUAUAAAUGCAUGCCUGACUCCUGUUGAAAGGUGGUUUUGCUGUCCACAUGAUUUUCAGUUAACCUUCAGUGUGUUCUUCAUCUCUCUCUCCUUGUUGGUAAAGAAGGGAAGCAAUCCUCAGGCUGCAGUUUCUUUGUAAGUGGACUUCUUUCUAUUUUAAUGUGAUCCUUGGUUCAACAUCUGCAUCCCCAACACUUCCUCCAUGUUCCUAUUGUUCCUAAUCUGUCCUCUGACUGGUUGGGCCGAUACUAGGUUUAAGCUACCCAUAUCCUAAAGCUGUCUCCUGGCUGUUUCCUUGGCAUUUUGCUGCUGUGGAAACUGCUGGUCUCAUGUGACCCAUUUGCUGGUACUGGAUAUUCUGACCCAGAUUUUAACCUGAAAAUGACUUCCCAGCCUUGGAGAAAUUUUUUCCAAAUUCCACUGCAGUUACACUGGCUUGGGGCACCUUGUGAAUAAGUAGGUAGGAUCUACAUCAUAUUUUCCCUCUUAGUGGGCUGACGUCAGUGUGCUGCGGUGAAUUACCUGGGACCAGGACUGGAGAAGGGUCACCUGCCUAGCCACUAAAUAUAACUUCCUUUAUUCAAAUGAUUGUUUAAAGAUGUGGGUAUCUAUUUAUGUUAUAACAAUGCCAGUGCUUCUAAGUAGUAUUGGCAAGGCCUAGGUAAUUGAAGGCCUGCCUGGCAUGUAACAUAUCUCAAGUGUUUUUAUUUUGUUUCUUUAAUUCCAGGAUUAGUUUCUAGCAUUGCUUUUUUUUUUUAUUUCAGAUCUACUUUAUCUUUAAAUAAAUGUGUAUGUGUGUGUGUGUGUGGAUGUGGAUGUUUGCAUGUGAGUACAGAUGGCCUUAGAGGUCAGAAUGGAGAGUCCUGUCACCUAGAGCUGGAAUUGCAGGUAGUUGGGAACUGUCCAGUGUGGGUCCUCUGCAAGAGCAGCAAAUGCUCUCAAGCACUGAGCCAUCAGCCAGUCUUUUUUUAUGGUCUGCAUUUCACUUCAGAGUCUGAAGUUUCUUCAGGUGAGAUCAAACCCCACUGCAUUGAUGGGACUCCUUGUUUCUUUGUGUGCUUUGUUUUGACUUUGUUGUUAUUGUUUGUUUUUUGAGUUGAAUUUCUUGGGGUGUACAUCUUGGUUAUCUACUUGAUUGGAUCUGUAAUCAACUAAGAGACAGGCUUCUGGAGACGUCUGAAAGGUAUCCCCUGGGAAGAUUAACUCGAGGAGAAGACCCACACAUACACCUAGUAUCCUUCCAACCGCCCAGGUAUUUGAAGAUCAGAAGAAAAAGCAAUUGCUUUGGGCUGCCUGCCUUGACCCUUGCUCGUGGGUGUAUACAUUCUCCACGUGUCUCACCAGACCACAUGCUCAGUGGGAACAAGCCCACUUCUGACUUGUUUCUCCUGGAGCAGCCUGAAUUUCUGGGCUGCAACUGACACUCAUAUGUAACUGAUGGCUAUGCUUGCGUGAAUGGAAAUAGAGCAAAAAUCUGUGACCGUAUCAUCACCAGAGUCAUCUAUCUAAAAGGUAUAACCCACUUUAGAAGUGAUUUAAGUAGAAUAAAUCUGAAUAAUCAAGUCCCAAUACAUUGUGACUUUCUCAGAUUUCAACCCAGCAGUCUUAAACACUUCCCGGAGUUACUUUACUGCUUCAGAGUUGAAUCUGUGUUCAUCCAUGCCCUGACUAUUUCUGAGGGUAGCCUGGGCUACAUAGUGCAUUCAGGCAAAUCAGAGAUGAGUCCCAGGCCAGUCUGAGCUACUUAUGAAAUCCAGGCUAGCCUGGACCAUAGUAUAAGAUCCAUGACCUCCCCUCAAAAAGGAUUUUGUUGCUAUGGAUGAAUUUUCAAGUUUACUCUUCCCCUGUGUCAUAUUUUGACUCUGAUGUUGUAUGCCAAAUUUCAAAAGUAGGACAGGUUAUAAACAGAAUGACCCCUCUGCUAAAAAUUUAGCAUGUAUAAGAUAUUCAUUAUUGAUACAAGUUAAUUGAUGUAAACAGUCUAAGAAGCAACCAUUGAUUUUUCUCAAGAUUUAAUUGGAAAUGAUCAAUUACUCUAUCAGAAGCAUGGCAGCACCUCAUUUAUCAGAUGCUUAUUGCCCUAGUGGGCUGUCAGUGCCCUUUUGACUUAGUAAUGUCAUGGCCCUAAGGGAAGGAGCUUAAAUCAUUACAGUGAUGCCUGGCUCCAUCUGUCUCUGAUAGCUUCCUUGCUCUUCAUACUGCAGUUAGGUUUUGAGUUAAAAGGAGCUUGCCGUGUGUAAAGUCCCAUUGUGGUUGGGACACUGUCUUUUCACAGUGAGCAUUCUGGAUCACACCCUGCAACAAGUUCCAUAGGCAGUUACUGUCAGGUCCAAAGGAAACUCCAAUUCCCCAAACUCCCAAAGGCAGUCCAAAUAUCCAGAUUCAAAGAUGGGAACUGGUUUUGUGCAUUCCUGUGGAAUGCUGGCUUUACUCUACCCACUGAAAAUGUUCCUGUGGUCCAGGAUGGGUUCGUUUCUGGAUAGAUAGAACUUUGGCGUUUAGGGAAUUGGGGUUUCCUUUGGACCUGACUGUGAUCAUGGGGGUUCUAACAUGAAAACUGAGUUUACAUUUUAUGUUUAUGUAUGCUACAAACACGCUUUCAAGCUCUGAAGGCCAUCUGUGGUAACCUCUAGAUCCUAGGUUUAAUUUGAAAUUGGCUUCUACACAGUUUAAAAAGGCAACUUGUUCCAAAGGCAAAUUCUUGUCUGCGUUUAUCACAACAUUCUUUAUGACCCUAUACUUCUACAUUAAAGUGGCAAUUUUUUACUCAUCUGGUAAGCACUGUUGCCACUCUGUUGUUGAGAUUUAAUGUGCUAAAAAUUAUUAAAAUCUAAUUCAAUAAUAAGCUAUUUUUGUGUUUUAAAGUGAUCUUGCUGAGUUGCCCAGACUGACCUUGAUCUCAGGGUUUCUUGACUCUGUCUCCAUAGCAGUGUAGAUUACAGAUUUGUGUUGUGCCGUCAUGCCUUGCUUAUGAUAUAUAUAUAUGUAUGUAUAUACAUAUAUAUUAUAUAUAUUUAUAUUAUGAGCCAAAAGUCUCGUAUUUUUAAAGACUUGAGAAAGUAGAAUGUAAAGAACAUGUUUGUUUUAGGUAAAUACUGGGUCUGUUCAUUCGUGCGUCAGCUCAAAGCUCUGAGACAGUUGCUGAAAUGUUCAUUACUGUGCUGAGCUUUGACAUGAUAUCAAUAGCUUCAGUGCGAUAUUCUGUGCGAGGCUGUGCAUAUACUUAGAAUAUUGACACAGUGCCCUCAGGGAUAUGAGCGUGUGUGCUGUUAGCUCUCAGUGAAUGUAGAUGUAACCAUGGGAGAACAUGACCAGAUUUCUUUGCAAGUCCCAGACAUGUUCAGUACCAUAAAAACAUCUGAUGUCAACUUUGAAAUUGACCUCACCAGUGUCCCCAGUCAGAUUCUGUGGGACACUGAACAAAAACCAAGACAAGUAGAGGAAAAAGGUUUGUUUAUAGGGAGAAGAUGGGCUGUUAGGGAUGGAAGAGAAGUCGGGGGAGGGUGUAGAAUCCACAGUGCACAUGUAUGAAAUUGUAAAAGAACACAAUCUACCCAAAGUGAUAACUGUAUUUGUAUCUACAACUAAACUUUAAACAGCUUUCAAUGUAAUAGCAAUUAAACAUUUUAAAAGUAAAUCCUUGAAGUUUAUUAGUUGUUUUAUCUUCUCUUCUAAAUGUAAAGAGAUCUCAUAAUUUGGAAUACUUUUGGCAGGAGAAAGUUCUCCAUUUUCUGUUGUAAAAAAAAAAACACACAGAAAAUACAAAAUAAUGUUAGCAGUAUUUUAGACAAAUACUCGGUAUUUUCCUGAGCAGAAGCAACAGUGAAUGGGAGAAGG